UCUCCCUUUCCCUCCCCAUUUCUUUCCGCCCCAACCUGGCCCUUACAGACCGAGCUCUGAUGGCCGCAAUGCGCCCACGGGGUCCGGCGUGGGAGCAGCGGACGUGAGAAGCGGAUGAAAAACGAGUCUGAACCAGUCCGCCCAGUGCCUCCUCCCUUCGGCUCACACCCUCCUUCCUCCCACCGCUCCUCGGGAACAUCCAUCAGUCCGUCCAUCCAUCCGUCCGUCCGACCGUCCCGGCUGCGGGGAGCAGCGCAGCACCGCCGCUUUCGGAUCCACGCGGACCCAAUCCGGAAAGCAGCGAUGGGGUUCCCCCGCUGGAAGCGUUUCUGCUUCUUGCUCCUCGUAGCCUUCACCUCGUCCCUUUUGCUCUACAGGCACUAUUACGCUACGAUGGAGCUGCGCAGCGGCCCGAGGGUCGCGGCCAGCCUGCUGCAGCCAGAGCUGCUGUUCCUGGUCCGCCCAGACACCUCACAUCCAGACAACAGCCACCAGCAGGACCUCAGAGGGACUGUGAAGAGCAGGGAGUUCUCCCAACCAUCCUCAGAGCCGGAGAAGCCCAAACCCAGUGGAAAGCAGCCCACCCUGUGCCCCCGCUCGGUGGUGGCCACAGUGAAGGCAGACCCCACAUUUAAGGAGCUCUUCCAAUUUGACAUCCCGGUGCUGAUGUGGGACCAACACUUCAACCCCGAGACGUGGGACAGGCUGAAGGCACGACGUGUCCCAUACGGCUGGCAGGGCUUAUCCCAAGCAGCUGUGGGCAGCACCCUGCAUCUCCUUAACAGCUCCUCCAACACUCAGCUCUUUGGCCGUGACCACUUCCCCGGGGGCUGCGUGCGCUGCGCCGUGGUGGGCAAUGGGGGGAUCCUGAAUGGCUCACGGCAGGGCCGGGCCAUCGAUGCACAUGAUCUGGUCUUCAGGCUCAAUGGGGCCAUCAUCAAAGGCUUUGAGGAGGAUGUUGGGACCAAGGUUUCGUUCUACGGCUUCACGGUGAACACCAUGAAGAAUUCCCUCAUUGCCUAUGAGGCAUAUGGCUUCAGCCAGGUACCGCAGGGCAAGGAUCUGAAGUAUAUCUUCAUCCCCUCGGACGCACGCGAUUACAUCAUGCUGAGGUCGGCCAUUCAGGGCAGCCCGGUCCCCGAGGGCUUGGACAAGGGUGACGAGCCACAGAAGUAUUUUGGACUGGAAGCAUCCGCAGAGAAGUUCAAGCUGCUGCAUCCCGAUUUCUUGCAUUACCUGACGACCAGGUUCCUGAGGUCAGAGCUCCUGGACAUGCAGUACGGCCACCUCUACAUGCCCAGCACUGGGGCUCUCAUGCUGCUGACAGCACUGCACACCUGCGACCAGGUCAGUGCCUACGGGUUCAUCACGGCCAACUACGAGCAGUUCUCUGACCAUUACUACGAGCCAGAGAAGAAGCCGCUGGUGUUCUACGCCAACCACGACAUGCUGCUGGAAGCAGAGCUGUGGAGGAGUUUGCACCAGGCGGGGAUCAUGCAGCUGUAUCAGCGUGAGGGCAGCUCAGUCCCACUGCAAGGACUCUCAGCACGGCACAGAAGUUCUCCUCUUUCCUGAAGGCCUCCUU